CUUCUAAAAACCUAACUUGGCAUGCGAAUGAAAGGAGGAAGGAUGAGUUUAUGCGCCAUCCGGCUGAUGCCCCCACUUGCAGAUAAUGGCACCUUCGACUCGAAAAGCUUCCUCUCAAGCACUAGCAAUGGCAAAAAGAAUGAGGGAAAUCCAGCUGAGAAGGACAAGCAAAUCUACUAAUACUAAGCAAUCAAAUGGAUCAUCAUCAAGGGGAACAAAGGCUUCAAAAAAAACUGCAUCAAAGUUGUCAGUGAAACGACGAAGUAAAUCUUCAACAAUUGUGAGAAGAGCAGGACUAAGAUUGCUUAAACGAGGCUGUGUAACAAUGUGUCGCAUUGUUAGGCGGAAAAUUGUUGGAAAGAGAAUGACGGUACAGUUUAACCAGAAAGGGCAACCCAUAGGAAAAGCCGGAAAAGAGAUGCAGUCAUAUAUUGGAGUUUUAGCUCGCAAGAAGAUUCCAAUCUCGAUACCAUCAUGGAAAGAUGUGUUAAUGGAAGACAAAAACAAAAUAUGGGAAAGCAUAAAGUUGGCAUUUUUGUUGUAUCCAGAGCAUAAACAGAUGGUGUUAACCUCAGCAGGAGCAAAAUGGAGAGAAUUCAAGAGCCAUUUGACCACCCGCUACAUUCUCCCAUAUAGAGAUAACCCAGAAGCAAUCGACUCUCGUCCGGAAGACUAUCUUUUCAUUAAUCAACUUGACUGGGAGAUUUUUGUAAAAGAUAGGCUAUCUGACAAAUUCUUGGAACUGCAUGAGAAACAAAAAGGAAAAAGGGCUUUAAAUAAGUAUCCUCAUCGGAUGUCGCGUAAAGGAUAUGCUGGAUUGGAGGAAGAAUUGUCUGCAACAAUGGAAGAAUCUUCUCUUGAUCGUGCAACGAUGUGGAUCAAAGCACGUCAAGAUAAGAAUGGUAGUUUUAAAUAUCCUUCAAUAGAGGAGAAGGCACAAAAAAUUGCUGAUUUGAAGAAAAAAGAGGCUAAGGGAGAGUUAAGCACUUGUGGUGCAGUUGAUGUGCUGACUUUGGCAUUGGGGAAUCCAGAACAUGCUGGAAAAAUAAGAGGAGUAGGAGCAAAUGUGAAGCAAGCUACAUACUUUCACCUCCCUAAACGCCGAAAGGAAAGUGUUGAAGCAACUGUGAGGUUGAGCGUUCAAAAGAUAAUGGAACAAGAGAGGGAGAAAAUAUUGGCAGAAGAACGGGCUAUUUGGGAGGAGAGGCUUAGGAAGAUAGAAACAAAGAUCAACGGGAAGGAUGAAGAAACUGAUUCCCCCAAAGUUUCCACUGUUGACAAGCAAGUUGCUUCUGGACAAGGAAGUUGUUCAAAUCUGCUAGAGAAGAGUGUCAAGUGUAAUGAAAACUUGAUUAAUAUUAAUGUCAGAAAAUCUUUGAAUUUAGAGCAUGUGGAGCAUGUUCAGCAUGUUGAGGGUUAUGGGAAAGAUGUGAAUACUGUUGAUGCAGUCAACUUGAAAGCAGAAGAGAAGAAUGAGCAAAAUGUAGAAGUACCAGUGGUUGAAGAUUUGGAGAUCCAAAAUGGUGAAUGUCAGGCACAGCCAAUUGGGAAACAGUGUGAAUUGGCUUUAGGUUCAAUUCAUAAUGUUGUAGCAGUUGCAACAAUUGUAGAAGUCAAUGAGGAGUGCAAAAGCCAGCUGAUCCAUGGUGUUCCGUUGGGUGAGGGGAACAUGCGUGUGUCAAUUCUACGCUCUGUAGUGGAUUCAGCUUUGCUUCCAUUCCCAAUCAAAGAUGAAAUCUUGACUGUUCGUGAUGCUAUUGGGACAUAUGUAGCUUGGCCUAAAGAGUUGAUAAUUUUUCCGACAGAUAAGAUGGCAGCAAAGAGUAAAACAAUGAAGAAGAGAAAAAUGGCAGAAGAAAAUGAUGAUGAUGAGGAGGAGGAAGAUCUGGACAUUGAUAAUAUGCCACCUACCAUCCCUGCAACCCUUAAAAUGGUAUGCAUGUGGGUCAAAGAAACGCUUAAAAAUGGGAAGACCAUUGUCUGCAGCUUUGAUGAGAAGAUUUUCGGACAUCCGUUCAAAACUUUUGUUACUAAGAAGGAUGUUUAUAACUUUGCCACUAUGAAUGAAGUAUCGGGUAGCUGCGUAUCCAUCUAUAUGAGCUACCUGCAUGGUGUGUUGAAAAAAUCAAAGAUGGUUGAUAUGGUCGGAUUUGUUAGCCCCACAGAUAUUGGCACCAUUGGCUGUGGCAGUCCAAUCGAGCGUUCCCGUGCAAUAGCUGAUAGGAUGAAAAAAGGAAAGCGUCGCCAGAUUUUCUUCUUGCCAUAUAACUCAAGUUGUCAUUGGAUGCUGACUGUGAUAAACGUUGAAGAAGACACUGUCUACUUCAUGGAUCCAUUAAAGAGAAGAUUGAUUACCGGAGAGUGGAAGAACAUUGUGGACAACGGCAUCAAAAUAUAUAAUGCUCAUGUCAAAAGGCAAGGUCGAAAAACAAUUACCUGGAAAAACUGUGCGGGUAUUCCGGAGCAACAUACUGCUAAAGACUGUGGCUAUUUCAUAAUGAGAUACAUGAAGGACAUAGCGGAGGAUAAGAACUUAGAUUUUUUCAGCAAGUGGGAGAGAAGAGGGAAGGCAACAUAUACGCAGCAGCAUAUUGAUGCAGUCAGAACAGAGUGGGCAAAAUUUGUUGUUAAAACAUAUAUGUAACCAGUAUCGCAUCUAGCUGGUUAGCACUUGGAUUUAGGGACUUAUUUUGGUAACCUUGAUAUAUGAUACAUUUGCACUUUUGUAAAUUUGUUGGAUAUGGCAAUGUAUGAAACAGAUGGCAGUAAUCUAUGACAAUGUGGUAUUUUGGAUA